AUCCUCCGAGCGACGGCCUGAGGUGGUGGCGUAGGCCCGGGCGGGGCGUUUGGUUUCGUUUCUGCACCGACUGGAAUUAGUGUCGACGGUCAAAAUGGGAGUCCCCAAGUUUUACCGAUGGAUCUCGGAGCGGUAUCCCUGCCUCAGCGAAGUGGUGAAGGAGCAUCAGAUUCCAGAAUUUGAUAACUUGUAUCUGGAUAUGAAUGGAAUUAUACAUCAAUGUUCCCAUCCUAAUGAUGAUGAUGUUCACUUCAGAAUUUCAGAUGACAAAAUCUUUACUGAUAUUUUUCACUACUUGGAGGUGUUGUUUCGAAUUAUUAAACCUAGGAAAGUGUUCUUUAUGGCUGUUGAUGGCGUGGCUCCUCGAGCAAAAAUGAACCAGCAACGCGGGAGGCGUUUUAGGUCAGCCAAGGAGGCAGAAGACAAAAUUAAAAAAGCAAUAGAAAAGGGAGAAACGCUUCCUACAGAAGCCAGAUUUGAUUCUAACUGUAUUACACCAGGGACUGAAUUCAUGGCCAGGUUGCAUGAACAUCUGAAGUAUUUUGUAAAUAUGAAAAUUUCCACUGACAAAUCAUGGCAAGGCGUUACCAUCUACUUCUCAGGCCAUGAGACUCCUGGAGAAGGAGAGCAUAAAAUCAUGGAAUUUAUCAGAUCGGAGAAAGCAAAGCCAGAUCAUGAUCCAAACACCAGACAUUGUCUUUAUGGCUUAGAUGCUGACUUGAUCAUGCUUGGGUUAACAAGUCACGAGGCACAUUUUUCUCUCUUAAGAGAAGAAGUUCGGUUUGGUGGAAAAAAAACACAAAGGGUUUGUGCACCAGAAGAAACAACAUUUCACCUCCUACACUUGUCUUUAAUGAGAGAGUAUAUUGAUUAUGAAUUUUCAGCAUUAAAAGAAAAGAUCACUUUUAAGUAUGAUAUUGAAAAAAUUAUAGAUGAUUGGAUUUUGAUGGGAUUUCUUGUUGGCAAUGAUUUUAUCCCUCAUCUACCUCAUUUGCAUAUUAAUCAUGACGCACUGCCUCUUCUUUAUGGAACUUACAUUGCCAUCCUGCCCAAACUUGGAGGUUAUAUUAAUGAAAGUGGACAUCUCAACUUAUCUCGAUUUGAGAGAUACCUUGUGAAACUGUCAGAUUUUGAUCGAGAGCACUUCAGUGAAGUUUUUGUGGACCUCAAGUGGUUUGAAAGCAAAGUUGGUAACAAGUAUCUCAAUGAAGCAGCGGGUGUGGCAGCUGAAGAAGCCAAGAACUGCAAGGAAAAAAGAAAAUCAAAGGGCCAGGAAAAUUCUUUAAGUUGGGCUGCUUUAGACAAAAGUGAAGGUGGAGGAGUGGCUUCUAAAGAUAAUGUUGAAGAUGAGACUGAAGAUGAUGAUCUGUUUGAAACUGAAUUUAGACAAUAUAAAAGAACAUACUAUAUGACGAAGAUGGGGGUUGAUGUAGUAUCUGAUGAGUUUCUGGCUGACCAAGCUGCUUGUUAUGUUCAGGCUAUACAGUGGAUCUUACACUAUUACUAUCAUGGAGUCCAAUCCUGGAGCUGGUUUUAUCCCUAUCAUUAUGCACCCUUCCUGUCCGAUAUACGCAACAUUAGUACACUUAAAAUCCACUUUGAACUGGGGAAACCCUUCAAGCCAUUCGAGCAGCUUCUUGCUGUCCUUCCAUCAGCUAGCAAAAAUUUGCUUCCUACAUGCUACCAGCAUUUGAUGACCAGCGAAGAUUCACCAAUUAUAGAAUAUUAUCCACCUGAUUUUAAAACUGAUCUAAAUGGGAAACAACAGGAAUGGGAAGCUGUGGUAUUAAUACCGUUUAUUGAUGAGAAGAGAUUGUUGGACGCCAUGGAAACAUGUAAUCACUCCCUCAAAAAGGAAGAAAGAAAAAGAAACCAACACAGUGAAUGUCUAAUGUGCUGGUAUGAUAAAGACACAGAGUUUACCUACUCCUCUCCAUGGCCAGAGAAGUUCCCUGCCAUAGAACGAUGCUGUACAAGGUAUAAAAUAAUAUCAUUAGAUGCUUGGCGUGUAGACAUAAACAAGAACAGAAUAACCAGGGUUGACCAGAAGGCAUUAUAUUUCUGUGGAUUCCCUACUUUGAAACACAUCAAACAUAAAUUUUUUUUGAAGAAAAGUGGUGUUCAAGUAUUCCAGCAGAGCAGUCGUGGUGAGAACAUGAUGUUGGAAAUCUUAGUGAACACAGAACCAGAUGAACUUAGUAUUGAAAACAUAGCGUCAUCAGUGCUUGGAAAGUCGGUCUUUGUUAACUGGCCCCAUCUGGAAGAAGCUAGAGUUGUGGCAGUAUCAGAUGGUGAAACUAAGUUUUACUUGGAAGAACCUUCAGGGACACAGAAGGUUUAUUUGGGGAAAACUGCUCCACCAUCUAAAGUCAUCCAACUUGCAGAUAAAGAACAGUCGAACUGGACUAAAGAAAUACAAGGAAUUUCAGAACAAUACCUAAGAAGAAAGGGAAUAAUAAUAAAUGAAACAUCUGCUGUUGUGUAUGCUCAGUUGCUCACAGGUCGCAAAUAUCAAGUCAGUCAAAAUGGUGAAGUUCAUCUGGAAAAACAGUGGUCAAAACAAAUUCUUCCUUUUGUUUAUCAAACUAUUGUUAAGGACAUCCGAGCUUUUGACUCUCGUUUCUCCAGUAUCAAAUCAUUGGGUGACUUGUUUCCUCCAAGAAGUAUGGUCUUUAUGCUGGGAACUCCUUAUUAUGGCUGCACUGGAGAAGUUCAGGAUUCAGGUGAUGUGAUCACAGAAGGUAGGAUUCGUGUGGUUUUCAGCAUUCCAUGUGAACCAAAUCUUGAUGCUUUGAUACAGAACCAGCAUAAAUACUCUAUAAAGUACAACCCGGGAUAUGUGUUGGCCGGUCGCCUUGGAGUGAGUGGAUACCUUGUUUCAAGGUUUACAGGAAGUAUUUUUAUUGGAAGAGGAUCUAGGAGAAACCCUCAUGGAGACCAUAAAGCAAACGUGGGUUUAAAUCUCAAAUUCAACAAGAAGAAUGAGGAAGUCCCUGGAUACACCAAGAAAGUUGGGACCGAGUGGAUGUACUCCUCGGCAGCGGAGCAGCUUCUUGCAGAGUACAUAGAAAGAGCUCCGGAACUGUUCAGUUAUAUAGCCAAAAACAGCCAAGAGGAUGUGUUCUAUGAAGAUGACAUCUGGCCCGGAGAAAAUGAGAAUGGUGCUGAGAAAGUUCAAGAAAUUAUUACUUGGCUAAAAGGACAUCCUGUGAGCACGCUGUCCCGUUCUUCUUGUGAUUUACACAUUUUGGAUGCAGCCAUUGUUGAAAAAAUAGAGGAAGAAGUUGAGAAGUGCAAGCAAAGAAAGAAUAAUAAGAAAGUGCGAGUGACAGUGAAGCCCCAUCUGCUGUACAGACCUUUGGAGCAGCAGCAUGGAGUCAUCCCUGACCGGGAUGCCGAGUUCCGUCUGUUUGAUCGUGUUGUAAACGUGAGAGAGAACUUCUCAGUGCCAGUCGGCCUCCGAGGCACCGUCAUUGGAAUUAAAGGAGCUAGUAGAGAAGCUGAUGUCCUAUUUGAAGUAUUAUUUGAUGAGGAGUUUCCUGGAGGCUUAACAAUAAGGUGCUCACCUGGUAGGGGUUACCGACUGCCAACAAGUGCCUUGGUGAACCUUUCUCAUGGGAGUCGAUUUGAAACUGGAAAUCAGAAGUUGACAGCCAUUGUGAAACCACAACCAGCAAUGAAUUACUCCAGCUCAAACUCAUCUGUUUCAUCUGGGCACUUGGGAGGCCUCAACCAUUCUCCCCAGUCACUUUUUGUCCCUACUCAAGUACCUCCAAAAGGUGAUGAUGAAUUUUGCAACAUUUGGCAAUCUCUACAGGGAUCUGGAAAAAUUCAACACCUUCAGCCAACGGUACAAGAAAAGGUUGCAGUUCUACCUCAAGAAAUAAGUCAAGUAUCUCAGCCACAUAAAUCUGGCUUUAAUGACAGUGGUGUCAAAAUUCAGCAAAGAAAACAUGACCCUCACCGAAAAUUUAAGGAAGAAUAUAAGACUCCUAAAGCUGAGUGCCAGACACAAAAGUCAUCCAAUAAGCAGACUUCUGGAGGGUCUGCCAAAUGUAAUAUUAAACUAUUGAAGAGAAAUGAAAGUCCAGGAGCCUCAGAAUCCCAGAAGGUUGUGGCUGGUUACCCAAAUGUGAUUGAUAAGCCUCACUCUGGAAUUGAGAACUUUUUAGCAUCCUUGAGCAUCUCUAAAGAAAGUGAAGUGCAGUCACCUCAUCACGGAGAGUCUCCAGAUGAGGAGCAUCUGUCCCCGCAGUCGUUUGCUAUGAAAGGAACACGGAUGCUAAAAGAAAUUCUAAAAAUCGAUAGCCCUGACACAACAGACAGUAAGAAUGAUGGGAAGCAAUUUGAUAAUGAAGUCACUGCUUCUUCCAGUAAAAGAGAUGAGCAUGGACUGCUAUCACAUCCUGAACAAAAUAAGAAGCUGGCAUGCUUUAUGAACAAGCCCCGUGGUACCAAUGAAUACCAAAAUGCUCCAUCUGUGGAGAGUAUGUGUUGGCCUGGCCAUAUCCCUCCUGUGUCCACACCAGUAACUGAACUUGCUCGAAUUUGCUCCCUUGUUGGAAUGCCACAACCAGAUUUUUCCUUUCUGAGAACAACACAGACAAUGACAGUUUGUCAGGUAAAAUUGUCUAAUGGUUUACUGGUCCAUGGGCCACAGUGCCACUCUGAAAGUGAAGCCAAGGAGAGAGCUGCACUUUUUGCUUUACAACAACUGGGCUCCUUUGGUGUAAAUUAUCCUUUGCCUCCACCAAUGUUUCCAAAUUUUCCUCCUGCUGUACCUUCCGGAACCGUUCCUCCCAUUUUCCCCCAACCCACUGCUAAUAUAAUGCCUUCACCAUCUCAUCUCUUUGGCUCAGUGCCAUGGAGACCACCAGUGCCAGUUGCUGGGAAGGCCUUCCAUCAUCCUUCAUAUCCUGGAACCAUGCCCUUGGCUGGAGGAAUGCCAAGCGGGGUGCACAAUCAGUUCAUACCUCUGCAGGUUACAAAAAAAAGGGUUGCAAACAGAAAGAAUUUUGAGACUAAGGAGGCCCAGAGUUCUCAAGCCACACCACUUCAGACUAGCAAGCCAGGGUGUUCUGAAGCCACCAAAAUAAUUCCACAAGAAGGCCCAUCAGUCUCUUUGAAGUCCUCUCCGGCUGCUCAACCUGAGUCGUCUCAAGUCGACACUGCCUCCCAAGGCCAUCGUGUGACCCACCAGAAACCAGCAUCGAGCUCCUCGAGAAGGAAAUCAAGGAAACUGGCUGUCAAUUUUAGCAUUCCUAAACCUUCUGAAUAAAUUUGAUACCUGGGAAUUAA